CAGGAGGGAAGGUCUAUUUACGUUCAAGAUUCAACAUCCGGUGCCUGAUGGGUCUUGCUGGAUUUCUAUUGGAUUGGUCGCAAUCUGAUAGAAAUUCAGCAUUUUAGGCCUUCUGAGCAGCAGAGUUUUGUAUUAGGUAUAGCUUCCAUUCUGAUAAAUCCAAGAACAUGGAUCAGUUCUGUCAGAUUGGGGAGGUUGUGGGGAGCAUGCAGGCCUUAAUGGUGUUGAAGCACGACAUCGUAAUAAACACAAGGCAAUGUUGCUUUCUCUUCGACAUCUAUGUUCAGGCAUUCAACAAAAUCUCUGAUGAAAUCAAACAGCACUUAAGAUUAGACGAGAGGGGCACAAAGUGGAAACCGCUCGAGCGCCCAAUGAGAGAGCUAUACAGGAUUUUCAAGGAAGGCGAAUCGUAUAUAAUGAACUGCAUUGACAUCAAGAACCAGCUGGGGAAGGCUAUUAGUAUCCAUUCAAACAGAGAUUGCGUCGAGCUUCACAUUCACAACUUGCUCUCCUGUUUCGUGGUGGUGAUCGAGGCAAUUGAAGCAGCUGCCGAAAUCUCAGGUGGGCUCCAUGAAGAAGAUGUGCAGAAGAGGAGACUUGCACUCAUGAACAAGUAUGACACUACCAAGUGCAAUGACCCAACGCUUUUCCAAUGGAAGUAUGGGAACCAGUAUUUAGUAUCCCGAGAGAUAUGCAGCCGGUUGGAGUGCAUUUGGAAUGAAGACAGAUGGCUGCUUCUUGAGAUGUUGAGAAAGAUACAGAGCAAUAAGCUGGCGGAGAAGCUGAUCAUGAAGUUGAGCAGAGGAUUAGAGACAGAUACUAUGCUAUUACCAACUUCCCUAUUGUUGGAAGCAAGCGAUUAUCACGUGAAACGACGCAUAGGAUCAGGCGGGAGCCAUCUUAAGGAAAUCCAAUGGCUAGGAGAGAGUUUCGCACUGAGGACUUUUUACGGAGACAUUGAAGUGCUGAGACCGGAGAUCGCUAUGGCUAUGUCGAUGUCUCACCCAAAUGUGCUGCAAUACCACUGCGGAUUCUAUGAUGAAUCAAGGAAAGAGGGGUUUCUUGUGAUGGACUUGAUGAGCAAGAGUUUGGACAUUUUCAUGAAGGAGAAUUCCGGGCAAAGGAGGAGAAUGUCAUUUUCUAUCCCGGUUGCAGUUGACAUAAUGCUUCAGAUUGCAAGAGGGGUGGAGUACUUACAUUCAAGAAGCCUUUUCCAUGGUGAGUUGAAUCCAUCAAAUAUUCUUCUCAGACCAACAACCAACUCCUGCUCCUCAUCUUUGGAGAGUUAUUACUUCCAUGUGAAGGUAGCUGGCUUUGGUUUAUCCCUUCUGAAAAGCCAGUAUACUCACAGAAGCUGCCCAAGGGUAAGUGGAAUUGAUCCGGUGGUAUGGUAUGCACCAGAAGUUGUGGUUGAGCUAAGCAGCAGCAACAACACAGGCAACAUGAAGUACUCGGAGAAAGCUGAUGUGUACAGCUUUGGUAUGCUGUGUUUCCAGAUUCUGACAGGGAAAGCUCCAUUUGAGGAUGGGGUAGGCAGUGGGGAGAUAGUGCGGCCCCUUCAAGGAGAUAAAAUGGUACACAGUUUGAUGGCUGGGGAGAGGCCACUCUUCCCACACCCUUUCCCUAAAUUCCUCAUGAACUUGGUCAGGAAAUGCUGGCAAACCAGCCCCAACACACGCCCCGGUUUUUCUUCCAUUUGCAGGAUUUUACGAUACAUGAAGAAGGUCCUUGUUAUAAAUCCCGAGCAUGGUCAGCCUGGUUGUCCUCCUCCUCUUGUUGAUUACUGUGACAUUGAAGCUGGCUACUCCAAUAAAUUUGCUGCCAUAGAUGGCAUCACGCAAUCUGUUCCUUCUGUAUGUGAAAUACCAUUUCAGAUGUUUGCUUAUAAGCUUGUUGAGAAGGAGAAAACUUCAAGAAAUGGUGGCUUUCCAUUCACGACUCAAGGUCUGCCUGAUGAAGAUGAUCUCCAUGUCAUCAUGCAAAAUAAUGGUGGAACUCGUCACAGAAGAUUGGCGUGCUCGGAAGUUAUGGACAGGAAUGAUCUGGGAAUUUUUUCUGAUCAACGAUCUGUGGUCUCAGAGAUCCCACACUCAAAGCGCUUAUCUUCAGCUGAUCAAAUUUCAAUUCUAUCUGAUGAAACUACCUCAGCUUUUGCAGAUACCCCUGACUGGAGGCUACUCUCUGGGCUGCCGAAUGAUCAUCCAAGUGCGCCUUUCGUUGAGAGACGAAGAAGGAAAAGCCAUCAUUCAAUAUCCACAGAAAGCAGCAAUGAGACCAAGUCAGACAGAGGAAUGUCAUCAAAAACAAAAAUUCAGUGGUUGGCAAAUGAUGUUUCUCGAUCUACUGGGAAGAAGCAUUUAACAGCUGAGGUUGCGGGAAAGAAGAACCGUUUGACAACUAUUGACCCAAAACCUGCAUCAAAUCGUGAUGAUCAUGAGGCACAAGAAAAGAUAUCAUCAACAGAAGCUGGGUAUAAACCAAAAUGUUAUGGAGAGAAUCCAAAACUAACAACAGGCGUUACAACGACGCCAUUUCGUUCUGAAUCGACAAGAAAGAAAUUCUUAAGCAAUAUGAAAACCAAAUUUAGAUUAACCAAAAUCCCAGAAAAGAAAAUGCUCAGCUCAAUAAACCAUUCAUCAUCUACUCCCGAGGAUCCACAAAAAGCAACCACUUUAAAGCCAACCAAAUCGAAGCUCACACUGAAAAAUGCUAUAUUUAACAAUAGUUUGAAGAGCAAGCAAAAUGAAGCAGGCACAUCAAAAUGUCAAUCACCAGGAGCUUCACCUGCAAGGGUGAUAAGAACAAAUUCCUUGGGAAGAUUAUUUCAAUCCCCACUUUCUUCACCAGUACAUCCAUUAAAAGCAUCGUCACCAGCAAGAGCUACUCCCACGAGAUCCUUUAGUUUAUGUCCAUCUCCAAUCAUAAAAGGAAACAAACGCCGUUUUUGAUCCCAUAUAGACAGAUGAAUGUUGUCCGAUGAUGGAAGCACAAAUAUACGGAGUAUAUUUUUAUUUUAGACGUUGCCAUUUUUUUCCAGCACAUUGGUAUAUACUUUUUUUUAUUCACAGGUUCACCCUCCUUCCCCACUUCUGUAAGUGAAGGUCACAAAUAUGAAAUGUAAUAUAUUGAAUUUUGAAGAAAUGAUUUGCUACAACAAAGGGAAAUAAUAUGCCU